GCAAUUAACAUAUUAAAAAUGGUGGACGCCAGUUGAAAAUUGUCUACUUCAACAAAAGUGAUGAUAAUUUUGUUAUUCAUUCGAAAAAUGUCGCUUUGAAACCAUAAAGUCAUGUUACAUGAGCUACUCUUUGCAUUAUCGGGUGUAAGUGGUGGUAUAUUUGUGGAUAACAAUGAUUCAAGUUUUGAAGUGGUGAAAGACUUGCCAUUCCUGCACCCUAGUGAAAAUGAAAUAUUGAAUAACUUGUGCAAGUUGGGAUGGCAUUUUCAGCAAUUUGAAAGGUUCAUUAAGCAUCAUAAUGUUUUAUUGCCAGGAGUUAAAUCAGACGAAGGAAAUGAUGUGUGUGGGUUGUAUUUGCAAGCAUUAAGCAGUGGUUUGAAUGAAGUAUUGAAGCCUUAUCGACAAGUACUAUUGGAACUUGAGCAGGAAAUUUUAAAUGAAGGAAACAUUCCAUUAACAUUUCUGCAGUAUAAACUGGAGAAGUAUCAGUUGUUAUUCCCUGCACUAACAAACACUCUUGAUGAGAUUAAAGAGAAAAAGGCCAAAGGAUGUGCCAUAUUGACUGUCUUAUAUUCCCAUUCAGCCAACGGCACUUUUGUCAAAGAAGCUUAUGAAAGGAUGUUGUUUGUGUGUCAUGGUGUGAUGUAUAAACAACUUAGUGCAUGGCUACUUCAUGGCCUUCUCUUGGAUUAUUACGAUGAGUUUUUCAUUAUGAAGUCUUCAUCUGUCAUUCCCAUGUAUUCGAUGGCUGAUGAAAUUGAAACAGAUGAUCAAAAGAUUUCACAUGAUGAGAAACCAGGCCUACCUGAUAAAACCGCGCAAAAUCGUUUCAUGCUGAAUGCAGAAAUGUUGCCCAAUUAUAUUUCAACGAUCGUCGCUGAAAAGAUUCUGUUUGUUGGGGAAUCUGUGAAAAUGCUGGAAAACGAAGUUAUGAAGAAAAAUGAAAUUGAGUUCGGGAGAUCUUUAAAUAAAUUACAACGAGAGCCUCUCUUUCAUCUACCAUCGUUUGAAAAAGAGAUUGAUCGGAUUAAAUCGAGUAUUGCCCAGCAUCUUUGGUCACUUGUUGUCGAAGAAGGGGAGUUAUUGAAGCAUCUUAAGCUGUUGAAGGAUUUCUAUCUUCUUGGUCGUGGGGAGUUGUUUCGUUCUUUGAUAGAGAAAUCCAAAGAUUUACUCAAAGUGCCACCGACGUCAACUACCGCGCUAAAUAUCAAAACAAUCUUUGAUGAAAUCGUGCGCAAGAUACUUCCUGAUGAAGAGAAUGACACUUCAUUCUUCUCACUUUCUGUUAAAGUACCAGAGUCAAAACGACAAAAGAAGAAGCUACCUGAUAUAGAAAGUAGCCUGAUAACAGGAUGGCAUUCCUUAAAAUUACAUUAUGACGUACAAUGGCCAUUGCACGUUGUCUUUACGUCUAGUUUCCUAGAAAAGUUCAAUGGUUUGUUAUUUUUGGUUAAUAUACGGAGAACGCAGAUGGAACUUCAGAAUGUAUGGACAAUGUUCAAGGGACGUCGUGCUGUAGAAAGAGGGAUAUCAAAGGAUAUAUGGCUACUGAGGAUGGAAAUGACCUUCGUCGACAAUCUACAAUAUUACCUUCAGGUUGAUGUUUUGGAGGCGCAAUAUUCAAUUUUAUUUGAGAAGAUAAACAGCGAGAAAAAUUUCGAGAUUUUGCGUAUCGCUCACGAUAACUUCAUUACGACAUUACAAGCUCAGUCUUUCCUACUUUUAAGACAGGUUUAUCAAUGUUUGAACGAGAUUCUGGAACUUUGUCAGUCGUUUUGUGCCGUGCUCAUUUCACACGUGACCACUGUGAUGUCAGAAAGAGAACAUAAUCAGAUCGAGAUCAUCAAGAAGAAUUACGCUCGCACGUCAUCUUUGCUUCUGAAGUUAUUUUCAGGCGUAAGGAGUCAUCAGGCAAGCCCACAUUUGGCACAGUUCCUGCUGCGGAUUGAUUUCAAUCGAUAUUUAUCUUCAAAUAAAAGUGGACUCUAUUAAUUCAUUGACGGCGCCCUCCAAUACUCAUAACAGGAGUACUACAUAUUAGUACUUUGAUGUAGUACUCCUGUUGUAAAGAUACAGCUAGUCCCACAUUGCUGUCUCAUUUAUUGUUGUGUGUAUAUUUUGUACAUGAGUUGUGUUAUUUUGCCUUUA